GUUUCUCCCAAUGAAAAUGGAUUAUAAGAUUCGAUCGGAAAGAAAUUUUUUUUUUAUUUUUACUUGUUUAAUGCUUGUUUUUCCCAAAAUGUUGAUGAUGAUGAUGGCCCAAUGUUUAAAUGAAGAAAAUUUUAUUUGUUCCAGAAACGACAACGACAAUUUUUUUUGGAACGAAACACUCUUUCAGAGAAAAUUGUUCCAGAAAAAAAAAAUUUUUUUUCGUAUAAAAAGGUCCUCAUCUGAUGAAAAUGAGAUGACAACCACGACAAAGACUACAGACACAACAACUUAACCAUUGACAUUUGAAUUGGAUAAAAAAAAAUUUCAAACCAAUAAUGUAUCGAUCGAUUUACUUGUUGAUUACCGUCAUCAUAAGUGUUACCGCCGCCGUUCAAGCCGUUAAUUAUGGAAAUGGUGGUGGCCGUGUAUUUGCCGCAGCACCACCACCACCACCAAAUUAUGGUCCAUCGGCAUUUACCGCAAUGGCUGCUCCUUCAUAUGCGAUGGCUGCACCUGUUCAAUUGGCAGCGCCAGCACCUGCAAUAUCUCCUGUUUCAUUAGCUGUUCGUAGUACACAAAAUAUUCAAUAUUAUGAUAUACCAAGUGUACAAACUGCAGCACAACCAUAUCAAGUUAUGGUCGAAUCACAAUCCGUACCGAUGACAAUGAUGUUUCGAACAUAUUCAUCACCAAUGAAUGUACGACAUCAACAUGUUACAUCACAAGGAAGUGUACAGGAAACACAUUCACAAGAUGAACCUCAUGUAUUACGUCAUACGAUUCAUAAACCAAUUCUGCAAGAAAUAAGAGAAGUAAUCGCUCCAAUGCGAACAAUAAGACAGGAAGUACGUCCUGUUGAAGAGAAUAUUCAAACAUUGGUUGCACGUAGUCAACCUAUAUCGAAUGGAUAUGGAUAUGGACCAGCGCCACCACAAGCACCAAUGAUUGCCCCUAAUAUUGUUGGCGGUAUUCCAUUAGCACCAGCUACAGGUGGAUUUAUCGGUGCCAAUGGUUUAUCUGCCGCUCCAAUCACAUUCGGUGGUUUUGCUCCAUCUGCUGUACCAAUCAAUGGUGGUGGUUUUAUUGGUUCAGCUGGUUUUGCCGGUGGUUUUGCUGCUGGCACUAAUGGUAAAUAUGGUACAUUACCAUCAUUUGCUGGUUUUGCAGCACCGCAAACUCCAACACCUUUUUCCGGUAAAUUUGGUCAAAUGGCCGUUCCAGCCGCUUUUAUUGCACCAAUUGGUUUGGCUGCACCUAAUGGUGGUGGUUAUUGAAAAGAUUCAAACAAACAAAAAAAAAAAAACAAAACAAAGAUGAAU